AUGAAUUCAUUUACUUUAUUCCUUUCUUCAUUUCUUCUUUCCAUUCAAUCUUCUUUCGUUCUUUCUCUUUGCCUCUUUUUCUCCGCAUUUUUCUCUUUUGAAUCUUACUCUCUUCCUUUCUUCUAUUCCCUUUCUCUCUUUUACAUCGUUGCUUUCUUUUACUCUUUCAUUUUUUACUCUCUUUCUAUCUUUUACUUCAUUUUUUCUUCCUGUCUUGCUUUCUUUUACUUUAUUCCUUCUACUCCCUUUUCUUUCUUUUACUCUCUUUCUUUCAUCUACUCCCUUUCUUUCUUUUACUCUCUUUUACUUUCUUUCUUUUAUUCCCUUUCUUCUUUUACUCUCCUGUUUACUUUUACUCUCUUUCUUUUACUCUCUUUCUUUCUUCUACUCCCUUUCUUUCUUUUACUCUCUUUCUUUCAUCUGCUCCCUUUCUUUCUUUUACUCUCUUUAUUUCAUCUACGCCCUUUCUUUCUCUUACUCUCUUUCUUUCAUCUACUCCCUUUCUUUCUUUUACUCUCUUUUACUCUCUUUCUUUCUUUCUCCCUUUCUUUCUUUUCUCUUUCUUUCAUCUACUCCUUUUUUCUCUUACUCUCUUUCUUUACUCCCCUUUCUUUCUUUUACUCUCUUUUACUCUCUUUCUUUCUUCUACUCCCUUUCUUUCUUUUACUCUCUUUCUUUCAUCUACUCCCUUUCUUUCUCUUACUCUCUUUCUUUCAUCUACUCCCUUUCUUUCUUUUACUCUCUUUUACUCUCUUUCUUUUAUCCACUUUCUUUUUUUACUCUCCUGUUUACUUUUACCCUCUUUCUUUUACUCUCUUUCUUUCAUCUACUCCCUUUCUUUCUUUUACUCUCUUUCUUUCAUCUACUCCCUUUCUUUCUUUUACUCUCUUUCUUUCAUCUACUCCCUUUCUUUCUUUUACUCUCUUUCUUUCAUCUACUCCCUUUCUUUCUUUUACUCUCUUUCUUUCAUCUUCCCUUUCUUUUUUUUUUCUUUCUUUCAUCUUUCCCUUUCUUUCUUUUACUCUCUUUCUUUCAUCUACUCCCUUUCUUUUUUUACUCUCUUUCUUUCUUUUACUCUCUUUCUUUCAUCUCUUUCUUUCUUUUACUCCUUUCUUUCAUCCCUUUCUUUCUUUUUUCUUUCUUUCAUCUUUCUUUUUUUUUAUUCUCUUUCUUUCAUCUUGCCUUUCUUUCUUUUACUCUCUUUCUUUCAUUUACUCCCUUUCUUUCUUUUACUCCUUUCUUUCUUUUACUCCCUUUUUACUCCCUUUUCUCUUUCUUUCAUCUACUCCCUUUCUUUCUUUUUACUCUCUUUCUUUCAUCUACUCCCUUUAUUUCUUUUUUACUCUCUUUCUUUCAUCUCUCCCUUUCUUUUUCAUUUUCUUUCAUCUACCCUUUCUUUCUUUUUUCUCUUUCUCUUUCCCUUUUUUCUUUUAUUCUCUUUCUUUCAUCUACUCUUUCUUUUACUCUCUUUCUUCAUCUUCUCCCUUUCUUUCUUUUACCUCUUUCUUUCUUUUACUCUCUUUCUUUCUCUUACUUUCAUUUUUUCUUUUCUACAUUUUUCCAAUUAUAUUUCCUUACUUCAUAAUUUCUUUCUUUUCUUUUGCCUGUCCGCUAUUUCCUUUUCAUUUUUAUUUACAACAUUCAGUCUUGCCCAUUUUCUUUCUAUUUUCUUUCUUUCUUUCUUUCUUUCUUUCUUUUCUUUUCUUUUCUUUUCUUGUCAUUCUUUUCCCCAACUGUUCUUCUGUUACUCCCUUUCUUUCUUAUGACACUAGUUUUCUUUAUUCUAUACUUUCCCUAAAAUCUUUUAUUUAUUGCCACCUUUUUGUUCUCUGUCUUUCCAUUUACUUCUGUUUUUCAUUCUUUCUUUGCUUCCAAAUAUUAUUUUUUCUUUCCUUUUUUCGUUUCAUUUUCUUUGUAUUUUUCUCAAUGCAUUUAUUCUUUUACUGA